AUGCCCUUCUCGACUCGCAAGCGUCUCCAGUCUGGAAAUCCUACGGACGCAUUCAACAAACGCCGGCCGCCAAAUGUUAGAUUGGAUCCGGAUCCACCUAGGGCCUAUAACAAUGACCAGCUUGCAGACCCUUCAUUUUGGGUCGAGAUCCCACUCCAGUCAUCAUCCGACGACUCCGGCCAUACCUCGAGUUGCCGCUAUGUCAUACCGGAAGACGAGGUAGUGGAGACCGAUUUUUUGGAAGUUCCUGAUGAGACACCCGCAGAUGAAGACGGCGGUUUAGACGAGGUCCCAGUCCGCAAACUUAUGGAUUUCACUAUUUAUCAUUUCCAAACGCAUCAGCUCGUUAAUGCUACUCUACUUAUGAACUUAGAUCAUGGAGACGACACAGUGCACUGCUUCGGCGCCUCAGGUCUCGUUGCGUCAUACGCUGAAGACGACGCAGACGAAGUGGAAUUAGAAAGUCAACACAGCAACUCUGAUAAUUUCGAUGACGAGCCUGAGGCGCGGCCGCGAGUCAAACUAGGUCACAUUCUUGAAUUUGAUGUCCACCAUGUUUCCACGGCUUCAUCCAAUAAGCUGCACUGUGAUCCGUAA